AUGUUCUUUCACGUCUUGAUUCUCUUCAUUCCACUGACAAAUGCAAUCACAAGUUGUGACAAUCUCCAGCAAAUUUUCUGCGAGAGCAUGAUCCAGGGAUACGAAGAGGAAAUGGCCAAGUGGAAAUACUCAAAUAAAACUGUCAUCAACAAAUCAUCCGAUUGGGAAAUGAAACUGAGAGAAUCAACUUACGAAAACACCAAAGAGAUUCUUGAGGCAAAGUGUGGAAAAGAGUUUGUAGAGGAAAACGAUUUGAGAAAUCUUGAUGGGCUUUGGAGUGCCCAAUAUGAACGAACAAAAUCCUCCGAAAUUUACUGCAAUCAUCUCUCACUUGUGCUCUUUCAAACGAUGACCCAAGCUGUUUGGGAGACCUUCUAUGAAAAACAGAAUGAAAAUCCUCAAAAUAAAACUUCCAACGAAGGAGCUGACUUUCGAACGCCAAAUGCACAAGCCCUUGUGCUUCAGUUCAGAGGGAGAAUUUUUGAGAAAGCCACGAAUCAUUUGUUGGAAAAAUGUGGAAAAAAGAUAAUCGAAGCUAUCGACUCGUCAGGAAUAGAUCAAAAUGCAAUCUUCGAUAAAGUGCUUCACAAUAUGGAGAUUCGUUCGAAUCAUCAAAGGGAAACC